GAACGAGCGCCAGAACCAUCCUUUACCAAAACCCCAACUAUAUAUUCGCUAUUUGUCUAAGCCCCCGAGCUUGUGUCCACCCCCGGCCCUCCACACACCGUUCUCAUUCAGCGUUUCGGUUCUGAAGAUCGUCGCCAUGGGCAAGUGCUACCCCACUGUGUCUGAGGAAUACCAGAAGGCCGUCGAGAAGUGCAAGAUAAAGCUCAGAGGAUUCAUCGCCGAGAAGAACUGUGCUCCGUUGAUGCUUCGAUUGGCAUGGCACUCGGCUGGGACGUAUGAUGUGAAGACGAAGACUGGGGGACCGUUUGGAACGAUGAAGUAUUCGGCGGAGCUCGCCCACGCUGCUAACAAUGGACUCGAUAUUGCUGUCAGGCUGUUGGAACCUAUAAAGGAGCAGUUCCCGAUCUUGUCUUAUGCAGACUUCUACCAGUUGGCCGGAGUUGUUGCGGUUGAAGUUACGGGCGGGCCUGAGAUUCCUUUCCAUCCCGGUAGACCGGACAAAAUUGAAACUGAAGUACCCCCAGAAGGCCGUCUACCGGAUGCAACAAAAGGUUCGGACCAUCUGAGAGAUGUAUUUGGUCACAUGGGUCUUAGUGAUAAAGACAUUGUUGCUCUAUCUGGUGGUCACACCCUGGGAAGAUGCCAUAAGGAGCGCUCUGGAUUUGAGGGCCCCUGGACCGCCAAUCCCCUCAUUUUUGAUAACAGCUACUUCAAGGAACUUCUGAGUGGAGGGAAGGAAGGUCUUCUCCUGUUGCCAACAGACAAGACUCUUCUAGAGGAUCCAAUCUUCCGCCCCUUUGUUGAGAAAUAUGCUGCGGAUGAGGAUGCCUUCUUUGCUGACUAUGCUGAAGCUCAUCUGAAACUCUCUGAGCUUGGAUUUGCCGAGGCACAGUAAAGGGGAACUGGCUGGUGAUUGCCCUGCUGUGUUAUCCUGGGGCUGCUGCGUGUUUUCAUAAACUCGCUGAAUAGGAAGAUCUUCUUGUUUGCGGUCUCUGUUGGGCUGUUCCUCUUUUCCUGUUUUGGUGAAUGUGAUUGAAAAAAAGAGGCAAAAACAUUGUACUGUAAUGGCAAAAUAUCAGUGAUUUUAGUAACUGGGUUAGUGGUUUUCCCUUUUUCACCAAAA